AUGAAGCUGAAGAGGUUUCUCUUGAGAUAUUACCCUCCUGGCAUUAUUUUAGAAUAUAUUCGUAGCAAUGGAGAAUAGGAAACAAAGUCUAUAGAUUUGUUAAAUCUAAGCAAUGAGUAAUGAUAGCAAUUUAUCAAUAGCACUGAUGUAGAUUAGUUGGUUGAUGAAAUUGUGAUGGAAGAACCUAUCAUUUCAGAAAAUAGAAAGCCAUAACUAGCAGCAUUAAUUCGCAGUAUAAACUCAUUUAAUUAAGAACUAAUUGAAAAGAUCGAAUCAAAAAAGGAACAAUCAUUUGAGUUGUUCAAGACUCUCAAAGCACAUAUGUUGCCACUAACAAAUUGCGCAUUUAACAAGAACGGGGACAAGUAUUGAGAUUCCACUAUGUAGAUUCAUCACAGGUAGUUAUGAUAGAACGUGUAAAGUAUGGGAUACUUUCACAGGAGAAUAAUUAGUCUCCUUAGAAGGUCAUAAGAAUGUUGUAUAUUGUAUUGCAUUCAACAAUCCUUUUGGGUAUACUACUAACAUUAUUUCUAUAGAGAUCGCAUUGUCACAGGCUCUUUUGAUAAAACUGCUAAAAUUUGGGAUGCCAAUUCAGGAAAAUGUUUAUAAACACUUGUGGGUCAUCAAUAUGAAAUAGUUUGUAUUUCUUUUGAUCCUCAUUCAUUACUUGUGGCAACAGGAUCAAUGGAUAAAACUGCAAGAUUAUGGGAUGUCGAAACAGGAAAAUAAAUAGCAAGAUUAGAUGGACAUGAAGGUGAAAUUGUAAGUUUACAUUUCAAUUCUGAUGGUGAUAAAUUACUUACAGGUUCAUUUGAUAAAACUGCUAUGGUAAAAUAUAUUCUUUACAUAUUUAGAUUUGGGAUGUAAGAUCUGGAGAAUGUAUACAUAUUUUAGAUGAACAUACAGGUGAAAUUUCAAGCACUUAGUUUGAAUUUACAGGAGAUUAUUGUGCAACUGGUUCUAUAGAUAAGUAAUAAAAUAAAUAUAAAAUUUUUAGAACUUGUAAAAUUUGGGAUAUAAAAACUGGUAAAUGUAUUGAAACACUUAGGGGACAUAAGGAUGAAGUACAAGAUAUUUGCUUCAAUUCUACAGGUUUCUAUUUUUAUAUAUCAUUUCUAAGGAACUAGAUUAGUCACUGUCUCAGCUGAUGCAAGUGGUAGAUUAUACAAUGUUCAUUCUGGAGAAUGCAUUGCCUAACUCUUAGGACAUAAAGGUGAAAUCUCUAAAGUAGCUUUCAAUCCGUCAGGAAACAAAAUUAUUACUGCUAGUGCAGACAAUACAGCAAGAAUUUUGUAAUUUUCAUAUUAAUCAUUUUUAGUUCAGAAACUGGAGAGUGUCUGCAAGUAUUGGAAGGUCACACUGAUGAAAUAUUUAGUUGUGCAUUCAAUUAUGAAGGAGAUAUUAUUAUCACAGGAUCUAAAGAUAAUACAUGCAAAAUUUGGAAAGAAGCUAAUUUUUAGGUUAAAAAAUGA